UGAUUUAAAUGUACAUCAAUUAUUGGUAACAUUAGGUGUCAAAAAAAAAUUUAUGAUAUAUUUUGUAUAUAGCACUCACAAGGAGUAUCUAUUGUCUCUUAUAUAUCACAUCGUAGCUAGAAGACUUGGUUUACAUUGUUGUCUGUGUUAUAAGUCUGAGGAUACUGUAAUGGCAAUUCUAUCGGGACAAAUAUAUUAUAGAGCAAAUCAUUCGAUACAAUAUUUUUAUAGAAAAUGGGGACGUUCCUCACUUCUCUCACAGAAUACACCUCUAAUUGUCAGAGGAAUAUGUCGCCUUCCACUGGAUCCAUUACAUAACAUAUUACAAAUACGAAAUCUGGUAUGUGAUUUCCGUAGAUGGGCAAAUUGUAUCAAUCUUUGCACUAAUAAAUUCCAUGAGGAAAGACGUCAAGUAUCUUACAAAUGGAAUAUGAUGUAUAUAUUGAAUUUUUUAUUACGCUGCUUAAGCGAUAUUAAAGAUAUACAUAUGGAUUAUGAAUACACAUAUAUUACACGUUCAAUAAAGGAUCCGGCCGAAUAA